UCGGGGAAGCCAGGAGCUGGAGGAGGUCACCGAAGUGAAAAAGGGACGGAGGGGCUCCGGGGUCGCAGUGUUCUCCCUUUUUGGAGGUCUCCUUUCCCUUUACACCAAUCCUGGCUCAGGGGAGCCAGCGAGGACACGACCCAGAACGCACUUUUGGUCAGGGAAGAGUCGCAGUCCUGGGGGAGUUGCGGGUAAAGAAAUUGAGGCAAAGCUUUUGCUCUUCAUCAAGAUAUGGGAGGAGGAGGGAAAGAAGGUAGGGAAGAAGAACCGCUCAGCAAGGCAGACUUUCUUCAUGGGAAUUAUCUUUUCCCAGGUCUUACUCGACAUUCUGCCUGUUUCAAAAAAUAGACUGUGUUGAGUACCUUUUUCCUUUUCCGGGUGCAAAACCGUGAUGUGGGUUUAUAAUCAUCCUUUAAAGCUCCAGAGCAGAUCGGGCACCUGCAAAGGAGCCCCGCGGUUCUGCCGACCUGCUGCCCCGCGAGCAGCAGCCUCGUGAUUCCCCCGCCGAGCAGGUCCCGCCUCCCCACUCCGCCCCCGCCUCCCUCGAAGCCCAGCAGCCGCCUCUCCCUAGCGCUCUCUUCUCCCGGCGCUCGCGUGCGGGACGGUGCUGGCUGAAGCGAGGCGGCCGCUGGAGGCCGGGGAGAUCACGCCUGCGGCACGGCCGGGCGGAGCCGAGCGGAUAGCCAGCCGCUGCGCGGAGGAGCGGCAGGAGUGCCGGCUUGCUGUCGCCGAGUCCAGGGCCUAUUUCUGCGCCCUACUGGCCGAGGACCCCGGUACGACCUAGCUGAUGGCGUCUUCGACCCCUUCUUCGUCUGCAACCUCCUCGAACGCGGGAGCGGACCCCAGCACUACCAACCUGCGCCCCACAACAUAUGACACCUGGUGCGGCGUGGCUCAUGGAUGCACCAGAAAACUGGGGCUCAAGAUCUGCGGCCUUUUGCAGAGAACCAACAGCCUGGAAGAGAAGAGCCGGCUUGUGGGCGCCUUCAAGGAGAGGCAGUCCUCCAAGAACCUGCUUUCCUGUGAAAACGGCGACAGGGAUAGCCGCUUCCGGCGCACAGAGACGGACUUCUCCAACCUGUUUGCUCGAGAUCUGCUUCCUUCUAAGAAUGGGGAGGAGCAAACCGUGCAGUUCCUACUGGAGGUAGUGGACAUACUUCUCAACUAUGUCCGCAAGACGUUUGAUCGCUCCACCAAGGUUCUGGACUUCCACCACCCACACCAGCUGCUGGAAGGCAUGGAGGGGUUCAAUUUGGAGCUCUCUGACCAUCCCGAGUCCCUGGAGCAGAUCCUGGUUGACUGCAGAGAUACCCUAAAGUAUGGUGUUCGUACAGGUCAUCCUCGAUUUUUCAACCAGCUCUCCACUGGACUGGAUAUCAUUGGUUUAGCUGGUGAAUGGCUGACAUCAACUGCCAACACCAAUAUGUUUACAUAUGAAAUUGCACCGGUGUUUGUCCUCAUGGAGCAAAUAACUCUUAAGAAGAUGAGAGAGAUAGUCGGAUGGUCAAGUAAAGAUGGUGAUGGGAUAUUUUCCCCUGGGGGAGCCAUAUCCAACAUGUACAGCGUCAUGGCCGCUCGCUACAAGCACUUCCCGGAAGUGAAGACAAAGGGCAUGGCGGCGGUGCCCAGACUGGUCCUCUUCACCUCGGAGCACAGCCACUAUUCCAUAAAGAAAGCUGGGGCUGCUCUUGGCUUUGGAACUGAUAACGUGAUUUUGAUAAAGUGCAAUGAAAGGGGGAAGAUAAUUCCAGCUGAUUUAGAGGCAAGAAUUCUUGAAGCCAAACAAAAGGGAUAUGUUCCUCUUUAUGUGAAUGCCACUGCUGGCACUACUGUUUAUGGAGCUUUUGAUCCGAUACAGGAGAUAGCAGAUAUAUGUGAGAAAUACAACCUUUGGCUGCAUGUUGAUGCUGCCUGGGGCGGUGGGCUACUCAUGUCCAGGAAGCACCGCCACAAGCUCAGCGGCAUAGAGAGGGCCAACUCAGUCACCUGGAACCCUCACAAGAUGAUGGGUGUGCUGUUGCAGUGCUCUGCCAUUCUCGUCAAGGAGAAGGGUAUACUGCAAGGGUGCAACCAGAUGUGUGCAGGAUACCUCUUCCAGCCGGACAAGCAGUAUGACGUCUCCUACGACACUGGGGACAAGGCAAUUCAGUGUGGCCGCCACGUGGACAUUUUCAAGUUCUGGCUGAUGUGGAAGGCAAAGGGCACAGUGGGAUUUGAAAAUCAGAUCAACAAAUGCUUGGAACUGGCUGAAUACCUCCAUGCCAAGAUUAAAAACAGAGAUGAAUUUGAGAUGGUUUUUGAUGGUGAGCCUGAACAUACAAACGUCUGUUUCUGGUAUAUUCCACAAAGCCUCAGGGGCAUUCCAGAUAGCCCUGAGCGACGGGAAAAACUACACAGGGUGGCCCCCAAAAUCAAAGCCCUGAUGAUGGAGUCAGGCACGACCAUGGUUGGCUACCAGCCUCAGGGGGACAAGGCCAACUUCUUCCGGAUGGUCAUCUCGAACCCAGCUGCCGCACAGUCUGACAUUGACUUCCUCAUUGAGGAGAUAGAAAGGCUGGGCCAGGAUCUGUAAUCGCCCUCCGCAGAACAUGAGUUUAUGGGAAUUCCUUUUCCCCUCUGGCACCCUAGAACGAACCCCUGUAAGUUGCUGAAACACAUGGGCCUUUUCAUUGAGGAAAAGUAUAGUAUCCUGAAGAAUAUUGUUUAAACCCUACCUAAGCUUGUUAUAGUUAGUAGGAAAUAAUGUUCUUUUUGAAAAGUUGCACAUUAAAAACACAGUAUAUGUGUGCAGUUAUAUAUACCUCUCUAUAUAUGUAUGUGUAGUGCGUGUGGCUUCAUGAUAGAUCACAGCAUGUCUCCUGCUCCCGGAUAAUUAACUUCACCUCCAGCAGUUACUGAGGGUCCAGAUGUGCUGCAAACCAGCUUGCCCAGCAAACCCUCAGGAAAGAUGUUUUUCAAAAUGUUGUGCUGUAGGGACCAAGGGCGGGGUUUGACCUCAUUGUCGGGGCUUCUCUCCCUCCUGAGGUGAUGGGUGGGUGAGAGACAGCAUGAGAUGACAAGAGUGACACCCUCCCCAUUAGUGUACUGUUAGGGGAAAAUGGUAGCAGAGUCAUUGUUACAGGUGUGCUAUUGCUGUAUUUUUGGAGGUUAAUUUGUGUAGAUUGUGUAUAUUUCUGUUGUCUGACAUGUGUCAUGAUCUCAAUGACUGUUUAAUUGUAGGUAAAUGAAAUAUUUGCCUAUUUAUAUUCAGAGAUUUACCAUGUUAAAGAGGUGUCUUGUAUUUUCUUCCCAUUUGUAAUGUAUCUUAUUUAUAUAUUAAAGCAGUUUAUGGUAUUUUCAUGCAUUUGUGAGCCAAAGAGAAAUGAUAAAUAUUAGUGAGACUUGUAUUUAUAUUAGAGUGCCCUUAAAAUAAUGACUUAAGCAUAAGAGAAUUUUGUACAUAGACCCUUACAUAUGGAAAUCCCAUUACCUAAAUAGCAUCUGCUCUUCUGUUACCCUCUCUGUCUGGCUGUAUGUGUAGGGUUCUCAAUGCUUUUCUAGCAACUGUUGGAUAGUAACCAGAUUUCUUGUAAUUUUGUAGUAGUUCAUGACCAAUCUCUGUGACUUGCUUAGCUCAAACCUAAGGCAACAUUUCUGAAGACCUUCAUCUCAGAUAAAUUGACCAGGCUCACAACUGUUUUUGAAGAAAGGAAAUUCACACUGUGCAUUUUAGAGUAUGCAAGAAUAUAAAUAAAUAAAAAUAUUCUCCAUGGAGAAUUUGAACAAAA